GUACAGCCCUAGAGUCUCCUUGGCUUGGCUCUCUCCAAUACUGAGCUUUCUGUUUCAGAAAAUGCCGCCAUUACAGUCUCUGCAACUUCGAAGACUCCUUCUCCGAAAGCUAUGUUCAUCAUCUCUAUGCCUCUCUUCUUCUUCUUCUUCGUCGUCUUUCAUUAGAAAGCCCCAUUUAGUUACUUCAUCAGAACUCACUCCCGCCUCUUCUCCAUUCCGCCAUUACCAACUCACCACUUCAACUUUUCAUUUUCUCUCUCUACACCAAAUUUAUCUCUCUAGAACUUUUUCUUCCUCGUCUGAAAUCCCAACUGACUAUUAUCAGAUCGCCCAGUCUCUCUCCUCGGAGCUCGUCAAGGACCCGGAGACAGAGCCUCUCCCCAUUGUCGAACGCCUAACACUCAGCUUCUCUCAUAUCGUACCCACCCCGCCUAUAGUUCUCGCCGCGCUCAACCUCUCUUCUGAAGCUGGCCGUACGGUAUUAGGGUUUAACGAAUGGCUCGUCUCAAACCCUAAAUUUGAUCACUCUGAUGAGACCCUCUCGUUCUUCGUCGAUUACUUUGGCCGGCGCAAGGAUUUCAAGGUGAUCCAUGAUGUAAUCGUCAGUGGCCAAGCCGUGGCGGGGCCUAAAACCCUAGCUUCCGCCAUUGAUAGGCUAGUGAGAGCUGGUAGGCCAACGCAGACGGUUGCAUUCUUCGGGAGGAUGGAGAAAGAUUAUGGACUCAAAAGGGACAAGGAAUCGCUCAGAUUGGUUGUGGAGAAGCUUUGUGAAAAUGGGUCCGCGAGCUAUGCAGAGAAGAUGGUGAAGAACUUGGCGAACGAGUUUUUCCCCGACGAACGAAUCUGUGAUGUGCUGAUUAAGGGUUGGUGUGUUGAUGGGAAGCUUGAGGAGGCAAAGAGAUUAGCUGGAGAGAUGUAUAGAGGAGGGUUUGAGCUUGGACCCAUGGCUUAUAAUUCAAUUCUUGAUUGUGUCUGCAAAAUAUGUAGGGAAAAGGACCCUUUUCAGCUUCAUUCCGAGGCUGAAAAGGUGCUUCUUGAUAUGGACGUGAAUGGAACUCCAAGAAACGCUGAGACAUUCUAUGUCUUGAUCAAUAAUUUGUGUAAGAUUAGGAAAACUGAGGAUGCCUUGAAGGUGUUCGAUAGAAUGGGCGAGUGGGGUUGUUAUCCAAAUGCAGAAACUUAUCUUGUUCUAACCAGGAGUUUGUAUCAGGCUGCGAGAGUUGGAGAAGGGGAUGAAAUGAUUGAUAGAAUGAAGUCUGCAGGACAUGGUAAAUUGCUUAACAAGAAGGAGUAUUACAGUUUCUUGAAGAUUUUGUGUGGAAUUGAGAGAAUCGAUCACGCUUUGAUUGUUCUCCAGAAGAUGAAGAAGGAUGGCUGUGAACCAGGGAUCAAGACUUAUGAUAUGCUGAUGGGGAAAUUGUGUUCUCAUAACAGACUGGACAAGGCUAAUUCCCUUUUCAAUGAGGCUCUGAGGAAAGGAAUUCCGGUGGAGCCCAAAGCUUAUCAGGUGGACCCAAGAUACAUGAAGAAGUCUAAGGCUGUGAAGAAGAAAGAAAAGAAGAGGGAAACACUGCCUGAGAAGAUGGCCAGAAAAAGAAGUCGCCUCAAGCAAAUUCGAUUGAGUUUCGUGAAGAAACCAAAACGAAUGAUGCGGAGACCCACUUGAAAUCUGAGUUAAAAACAAUUGAAAUUUUCGAACUUGUCAAAAAGGGUAUGGUUUGAUGAUGCUCUUGAUACAAGUUUCAUGUUUUUCCUUGAGUUUUGAUACUUUUCUGUUAUUUGAUUGCUUAUUGCGUCUCUCAAGUCUUUCUUGAAUUUUACUAUUAUUGUUAGCAACAUUAGUAAUAAAAUUACGUCACCAAAUCACAAGAGUUUUAUCUUGCAUUA